GCACCAGCUGAGUCAGUCAUUCCCUCGUGAACUGCGACAACAUCAGGAUCAUACGAUUGUUAUACGCGCACGCGCUCAUACACGCACACGCUCACACGAAACGCACAGUGGUGAAAAACUAACAAGUAAUAGCAUACAUAAGUAUACGUUUUUAUUAUCCUCCGGUCUACGCGCGUUGAGAGUUUCCUCCUCGACUGAUCGAAGAUCAAUCAGAGAAAGAUGGAUAUUAGGAUCUUCGUGCUGCUUGUUCUCGUCGGUGUCCUAGGAUCUCUCGCGGAAGCCAGAGCAGGCUUCGCUAGGUACCCUAGAAAUGAAGGAGUACGCAGAGAUGUACCGUCGAUCACGGGAUACGUCAUGUCCAGGUCGAAGCGGGAGGUCGAUGAUUCGAACGGUGAGACCGCAAAUUCGAGCGAGACUCCCACCACAUCCACUAGCACUACUCCAGCGACUACGACGACCUCCUCGACCACAACAGAUCCUACGACAACAGACCCCACGACAACCGAUCCUACGACGACAGAUCCUUCGACGACGGAUCCUACAUCACCUUCAACCACUCCGUCCACCAAAGCGACCACUACACCCGCCACAACUACAGACACCACGACCCCCACAACCACCUCCACGACACCUGCCUCCACUCCCAUGAUAACCACCACCACCACCACCACCACAACAACACCCAGCACUUCCAAAAGCACCGAAAGCACCACAACUCCGAAGAGCACGAAACCGACGAAGAAACCGACGAAUGAUCUUGCGUCACGUUCGAAUUUCGAUGAGCCCGAAUCCGAAGACUCACCCCAGAAACCUGGAUCAUCGUCUAAGGACGAUGCAGCGCCAACUCCUGGACCAUACUACGGCUCAGGCGCCUUCGGCCCCUACUUUGGCCCUGGUUUUGGUUCAGGUUUCGAUCCCUACUUUGGUUAUCCUGGCACCAACUUUAUCCCAGGUUCCGGCCCGAACUAUGGGUGGCCCAGUGCCAACAGUGGAUCAGGAUUCGCGUCUGCUGGCGCGUCCGCUGGCGCAUCCGCUGGCGCAUCCGCCGGCGCUGGAAGUUUCACGGGAGGAUAUUCGGGAACGGGAUAUCCCAUGGCAGGAUUCCCCAAUGCGGGUUCACCGGAUAUCGGUAGUCGAGGAGGAUUUCAGGCUAACUCGCCGGAUCAGACCGGAUAUAAUCCUAGCCGAAUAGAUCCGUUGUAUAAUCCAGGAUCCGGAUUCUUCUUCCCGGGACAAUUCCCUACCUUCAACGACCCUUCUUUCGACAUGUUCAAGCAGAUACAAGCGCAGAUAGAGGCGCAGCAUCAAGCAUUCCUCAAUUCUAUGGCUUCCCAACAUUCUGCUAUGCCAAGUCAAACGGGAGCGUGGAAUACGCCUAACUACCCUUACCCUUACGCUUUGGGGGAUGUACACAACACUGGACGUCAGUGGACGUCAUUGGGGCCGACGUUCGGCGGCUCGUUCAUCCCAGGUGUUGGGAAUAGUAAUAUGGAGUUCCACAAUCGCUUGGCCAGCGAGGCCGCGAACUAUGGCGGCACACCGCAAGUUGCAAGUGCCAGUAUCGGUUUAGGUCCAAACGGUGGCUUCCAAGCGGGCCAGAUCAGUCCUGCUGUACCUGGAUUAGAGUCCAGAUUCGCCGAAGACCUUCCUGCGCCAUCUGGCAAUAGUUUCGGAGUGUUCUCCAGUUCCAGUUCCUCCAGCAGGACCGGCCCGGAUGGCAAGCAGAUCAACCACAAGUCGUCCAUCACGGGCGUCAACGACAACGGAAAGAUUACCUAUCGCACGGUGCACGAUUAAUAAACUUUACACUCUUGUCCGUAAUUAGCCCGUAAUUACCUCUGUAACCGCAUAAUUCGCCGCAAUUUGUCUGUUACCGUGAGAACGAAGAAUUUUUUCCGAUUCAGAAUUUCGGACAUUGCACUUUGCGAAUUAGUGUUCGGGCUGAGAUAUAUCUCCUCAGGGUCACCACGCAAAUACUCAAGUUUCUUUGAGCUAACAGGGUUAGCUGCUGCACAAUUUUUCUUUUUCGUGCUGUUUUAUUCACACUUGACUUUCGUAAAUUUCCAUGCAACGUUCACUUAGGUCGGCAAUCAGACUCUGGCUAUCUUUUAGCGAAAAGGUCUCGCUCGUGAUGUUUAGAAGUUUAGAAAAGUCUCUCAAUAAAUGAACCUCUUCUUGCGUUGGCCUUACAUUCCGCUCGGCCGAUUCCGGACGAUCGUUUCUAAUGUUUCUUGCAACCAAUUAUUUGCAUUUAAUUACUGUAUCUUGCUUAAACUAUACAAGAUUAUAUUGUAUAUUAUAUUUACACUGUAUACAUAAAUUAAACUCGUGAGUUACUUUUA